AUGGUCAAAACCACUUACGCCCUUACGCUCUUUGCGGCAGUCAGCUUGGCGGCUCCUGUUGCUCAGCUGAAUGGCCGUGCCGAGAAGCAGGAUUCAGUUGAGCACAAGAACCUCAUUGAGGAGAUUCCUAUUUUUGGACCUAUGCUUGCAGGAAAGCAGGGUGCCAAGCGCGAUGAGGCUCAGGCUCAGCAACACAACCUCAUCGACAAACUUCCGGUCCUUGGAAAGAUUCUUGGCAACCAGGAUCAGCAGAACCAGCGCCGAGAUAUCUGGACAGAUGGUGUCGGUGAUUUGCCAAUCGCUGGAGGGCAGAACUAUGGCCAGAACGCCGGUCAAAAUGAAGGUCAGAACCAUGGCCAGAAUGCCGGUCAGAACGCUGGCCAGAACCACGGUCAGAACCGUGGUCAAAAUGUCGGUCAGAAUGGCGGCAAAUUCUGGCAGCGUGACCUCGAAAGCACCCUCAGCGGCAUUCCCAUUUUCGGAGGUCUUUUCGGAAAGAACCAGGAUAAACCCUCUCACCAGCAGACCGAAUCUCCUGCCAAGCACAUCGACACCCGCCAGGCGGGUGGUUCCAGUGGUAUCUUCGGUAUCCUGACUUCUUUGACUAGCGGUGGUCCCAUUAACAAGAGCCACAAGCGCGGUGAGGAGUUAGAGCAACUGGAACAAAUGGGCGGAAUCAAUGGAGGAGCCGUUGCAUCCGGUGUCGAAGCUGAAUCUUCUGCCACGCCGAUGCGCCGCAAUGAGCUCGCCACCCUCAUGGCCAACGAGGGUCAGCAGGGCAACCAGAAGGGAGCCGGUAACGAGGCAGCCAAGGAGAGCUCCAGCUCCAGCGGCCUCCUGGGCGAAUUAAUGGGCAAGAAUGGCCUUGGUGCCCUUAAGGGCAACGCCCACCAUGGAAUCGGCAUUGGCCCAAUGCGCCGUGAGGCCAAGGAGCUUGAGGCUCGGGUAGCCCCCAUCCAGGGCUCCACACUGACCGGUGUUCUCCUCCAGGGUGGUGCUUUGGGCAAGGUUACCGGUUUCCUUUCUGGAGGUGCUAAGCCUAAUCCCGGUUCCAACUCCCCCUCUAACAUGGGCGAUGGUUCUACUUCGGGUCCUCCCGACCCUGCGUCUGGUGCUGGUCCUCACUCUGGUCCUGGCCUUGCUGCUGAGCAGCAGCAACAAGGGUCUGGUGCUGCUUCCCAGUAA